UCUCGAACAAGCCGGAGUGAGCUGUGGACAUCGAUAUAAGCAAUCUUCGCUUGGACGACGGGUUCUUCCGGCAACCGCAGUUCUUUCUCUAGACGUGGUUGAGAAAGAGUCGUUUGCCCUAGAUCCAACUCUCUCGUUUAACGGCGCUGCCGAACUGGGCGCAUAGUCGAAACUCGUUCCUCAGCAAGACAACAUGAAGAUCGCACAGGUGGUCGCUCUGUUCGGCGCCGGUCUUGCCAGCGCCAGCCCGGCAAGCUUUUGCCCUGCCGAUGCGGGAGGGGUGUGCUACAGCAUCGCGAUUCCGACCUCUUCCGCCAACGCAGGAUCCGGAAACAUCUAUUUCCAAAUCAAGGCGCCGACAUCGUUCCAGUGGGUGGCAUUGGGCACCGGUUCAGCCAUGGCAGGAUCCAACAUCUUCCUGACGUACCAAGACGGACGCGGCAAUCUCACCUUGUCCCCCCGCCUGGGCACGCAAUACACCAUGCCCACGCUGGACACGAGCAGCACGGCGGCCCGGCUCACGCUCCUUGCCGGCAGUGGAGUCAGCGCGGAUGGCUCGACCAUGACGGCUAACGUUGCGUGCUCCAACUGCCAGAGCUGGAGCGGCGGGCAGAUGUCGCUCAAGAGCACCAGCGCCAAGUGGAUCGGUGCCUGGAAGUCCGGCCCGUCGUUGGCGACGACUGACCGCGCCGCGAGCAUCACCCAGCACGACGGCCACUCGCAGUUCCAAGUCGACCUGACCAAGGCAACCAUCAGCUCCGACAGCAACCCCUUCACGACGACCAACGCCGGAAGCAGCACCGGGUCCGGGUCCAACUCCGGUUCCAAUAGCGGCAUCACCGACACGUCGAGCUCCGACAAGGGCAGCGUCCUGGUGGCGCACGGCAUCGUCAUGCUGCUCGUCAUGGCGGCCCUCUACCCGCUGGGCUCGACGCUGAUGCCGCUCGCCGGCAAGUGGUGGGUGCACGGCGCCUGGCAGACGGUGACCUUCUGCCUCAUGUGGGCGGGAUUUGGCUUGGGCGUCGAGACGGCGCGCAGCCGAAACAUGCUCUUCAAACAGACGCACACCACCUUCGGUACGGUGAUCGUCUCCCUGCUGGGCAUCCAGCCGUUCCUCGGCUUGCUGCACCACCGGCAUUUCCUGAAGACGAAGAGUCGGGGAGUGGUCAGCUAUGUGCACAUCUGGUGGGGCCGCAUCCUGAUGGUGCUGGGCGUCAUCAACGGCGGCCUGGGCCUGCAGCUGGCGAGCGAGCGCAACGGACUCGUCAUCGCCUACAGUGUCAUUGCUGCCGUCAUGUUCCUGGUGUACGCCUGCGCCAAGGUCUGCGCCGUUUUCCUCGGCAAGGACCGCGCCAAAUGGGUGGGAAACAAGGAGACAAAUGCGACAGCACCCCGGCGGCCAUAUCAGGAGUCGCGAGGGCACACGUACGCUUGAUGCGGUGCUUUCCUUUUUCGUUUGUU